CCCUUGUGCCGGCCUCUGUCUCUCAAUCUCCGUAUCCAUCUCUGUGCUGGGUCCUGCCAUUCUGUUUCACCUCCUCCUCCCUGCCCAUCUAAGCAGCAACGACCCAUCCAGCCCUCUUUCACCAAAUCUCUCUGCCGUGAGUCCCACUGGAAGUGCCUCCUGCUCUCGCUGCUCAUGUAUGGCUGCCUGGGGGCAGUGGCUUGGUGCCACGUCACCACAGUGACCCGCCUCACCUUCAGCAGCGCCUACCAGGGCAAUAGCCUCAUGUACCAUGACAGCCCCUGCUCCAACGGCUAUGUCUACAUUCCCCUGGCCUUCCUGCUCAUGCUGUACGCGGUGUACCUGGUGGAGUGUUGGCACUGCCAGGCCCGCCAUGAGCUGCAGCACCGGGUGGAUGUGAGCAGUGUUCGGGAGCGUGUGGGCCGCAUGCAGCAGGCCACCCCCUGCAUCUGGUGGAAGGCCAUCAGCUAUCACUAUGUUCGACGAACUCGCCAGGUCACCCGGUACCGCAAUGGAGAUGCCUACACUACCACCCAGGUCUAUCACGAGCGUGUCAACACACACGUGGCAGAGGCCGAGUUCGACUACGCACGCUGUGGCGUCCGGGACGUGUCCAAGGCGCUGGUGGGGCUGGAGGGCGCGCCGGCCACUCGGCUGCGCUUCACCAAGUGUUUCAGUUUCGCCAGCGUGGAAGCGGAGAACGCUUACCUGUGCCAGCGCGCGCGCUUCUUCGCCGAGAACGAGGGCUUGGAUGACUACAUGGAGGCGCGAGAGGGUAUGCAUCUCAAGAACGUGGACUUUCGCGAGUUCAUGGUGGCCUUCCCCGACCCGACCCGGCCACCCUGGUACGCCUGCUCGUCGGCCUUCUGGGCCGCAGCGCUGCUCACGCUGUCGUGGCCGCUGCGCGUGCUGGCCGAAUACCGUACAGCGUACGCGCACUACCACGUGGAGAAGCUCUUUGGCCUGGAGGGGCCGGGCUCAGCCAGCAGCGCGGGUGGUGGCCUGAGUCCCAGCGACGAGCUGCUGCCCCCGCUCACUGCGAGCUGCCCCACGGAGCAGACGCGUCUGUCGAGCCAGGCCAGCAUGCGGGACGACGAGGACGAGGACGAGGAGGAGGAGGCCGGGCCACCGCCGCCCUACCACGAUGCUCUCUACUUCCCUGUCCUCAUCGUCCAUCGCCAGGAGGGGUGUCUGGGCCACAGUCACCGGCCACUGCACCGUCAUGGAUCCUGCGUGGAGACCUCACUGUGACCUUCCGCCCUUGGAGGGAGCCUACGCUGUUCUCCCUCCUGCCCCUUGAUGUGUCGUGCUCCCUGUGUGUAGCAGGGGAAGGCAGGAUGGUGACUGAGGCCAGGCGGAGUAUGCGUGAUGGCGGAAGAUGAGAGGCACGCCCAGACAAGACCCCAGUGGGCCUGAGACUGCUUCCCUGUACACAGAUGGAUGGGGAGGUUGGCGGCUCUCUGAGAAUCCCACUCACUGGGGCAGAGGUGGCGCUCUUCCAGUCCCCACCGAGUUCCUAUGGGGACACUUCCCUUUCCAUGCACUCUCGAGGUUUCUUUCCCAGGCUCUCUUUGAGUUUUGACUGUUACUAGGCAACUAUGAUGGGAGACUCGUUUCUGGCCUCCCCACCAAGGAAGCCACCAUGGCAAGCUGCAGGGAGGGCAUUUGGGGCUUUUUAUUUACUUUAUUGCCUUGCCCCACCCGGUCCCCUGUGGGUGUGUGGGUAUGUGUGUGGGGCGUGGUUUGGUGAAGAGUAGCAGGGUUGGUUUCCAACCAGCUAUUGAGUUCACCAGGUCUGAGGAUGGGGCCAGCUGGCAGCCCAGUAUUCCUUUCCACACCUUGAAAAAGCUGUGGCCUCUUGGCGCUGCGGAGAAAGCUUGGCGGUUCCUUUCUGCCACUCCCACCACUGUUGUUUAUUUCACUGGGUCCCAGAGGUCCGGUCCUGGAGAGACUUUUCAUCCCAGCAAUGACAUCACUCACCUCGGGAGCUUACUAGCUGUUGUUAGGGUGCAGGGGGAGAGAAGGGAAGCUGGGGAGGGCAUGCACCGGCCCUUUCUGGAAAAGGCCCAGCCUUCCAUCAACCAGAAGCUUCCUCCCCUGGGUUCUCUCUCGGUAGGUGCUUCCAUUAGGAGGCUAAGGUGCCGGAGACCCUCUUUAAAGUUGGCCAGGAUGAGUGACCAAGUGGACCUCAGCUUGAGACACACCUUGGUGUCAAGAGAACUCAGGAGGCAGGUGGAGAGAAAGAGCAGACUUGGUAAUGGUGGAUGGAGUGAAACCAGCUCUGAAGGGGUGGUGUCAUAGCGCUUCCUCUAAGAAUUAAGUCCCUUACACACGCCUGGGUGUGGAGUUCAGUCCAUCACAAGCCUAGCAGGAGAAGUACUCAAUUCCAGUGGCAGGAGAUCAAUUCUUGUCAGACCCUCCUCUUCCCUUACCCCGUGUCUUCAGAGGGGCAUCAUGCCACAGCCCCAGGGUACCUGCCCCUGUCCUGUCUGUCCUUUCAAAGCUUUGACACAGACUUUGCUCUCCCACUCCCUAUACUCCCCAGCCCCCAACCCCCCUCUGCCCCACUGUGCUUCAUUGUGCAUGUCUGUGUUUGGCCCCUUGCUCUCCCAGCUGCCCUGACUGAAGUUUCCAAGCAGACUUAGCACCCAGGCAUUGGGCUCACAUCCAUCCAGUAUUGUUCCCUCGGCUUCUUGCUUUGCCUUCAUCAUCUGAACUCCAUCUUCUUGGCCUCCCCUCUUCCUCCUGGCUGUGCCAAGCCUACACUAACCAAAGGGUGUGGCCCCUACCUAUGCAACAUCUCUUCUGGCUCCCUGUCCCUUCUUCCCAGGGGGAUGUGGGAAGCCCUAAUUGUGGGGAUGCCAUGACCUAUAGUCAAAUAGGGGUUGAGCUUUCAAACCGUAUAGAGAUGGUUGGGCGAGGAGGGAGGGAUGUCAGAGAGAGAGAGAGGUUUGGGCAGACGGGAUCAGCACAGCUGCCCACCAGAAUUCCUGGGCAGCAAUGUCCACUGGCCUGCCAGCACUGAACCCUCUAGGACCCUGAGUUUGAGUUUGUGUGUGUGUAUGUGUGGGUGGCUUGACUGUUGGAGCACCCUGCUUUCCCUUGAGCAGACAUCUGUUGAAGCACAGGUGGUGGGGGACUGUGGCCUUGGGCCCCAUUUCUUGGCCAGCUGGCACUGGAUGUCUUGUUCUCACUGUGGUGGGGGGGCAGCCUGGCCACCUCACAGCUCCAAGGAAGGAAGGACUUGGCUCAUUCUCUGUCAUGCUGGGUCCAGAAACAGAGCUUGGCCUUGGAAGAGGAGGAGGGGAAGCCCUAUUAUUUUUGCCUGACCAUUUCUGCCUAGGUCUUUUCAUACAGACAGCCUCUCACCUCCCACACAUGCACAGACUUAGAGAGAAAGCAAUUCUUUGGUCUCUUUUCUUGGCAGCUUUAUUGAUUGCCAGGGAAAAUGAAAACCAGAAAAUUAAUUAAUCUCUAAAAUUAAACUUUACACUGAAUGUUCUUGUUUCUCUAAUUAGAACCUCUGCUAGCAGCUGUGGCUACACACACACACAGACACACACACCCUCACACCUACAUGUUUGCACUCUGGAACUGUCAGAGGGUGUCAGGCACAGAUGACUUUAGGUUGCCCGGACAGGCACACACAUAGUCACUCUCAAGCCCCCUCUGGUGCUCUGCUCAGCAUCUGCUUGUUGCAAAGAGUCCCUGGAGUGCAGGCCCUCCUGGAUUGCAGCUGCAGUUCAGUCACCCAUCUUUAGUAUUGGUGGGCUCUGGGCCACUCCACUCAAGGAGAGUUGGGAGAUAAGGGGCUUGGCCUGAACUGGUCAGUCAGAUCCUCUCAUGGAUCUAUAGGCUGAUGUAAUUCCUAUGGGUGUAGACCCAGGGUGGGCAGUCACAGAGUGACAGGGACUCAUGGAGGGUACCUGGAAGACUGUAUGUCCUGAGGAUAAGGGCUUGUGGGGUGGGCUGGGCCUGGCUCGGGAUAAGACAGAUCUCUGUCAAAUUGGGUGCAUCACACUGUGGCCUUUUUGUCAUGGAAUUCCAAGCGCAAAGAUUGUACAAAUCACACUGGUGGAUAAUAAAAGUGUGGAUGACUCACUGAC